AUGCUCGAUCGAGCUCGAGCAGCGCACAACAGUGUGGAUUUUGAGUCGCUCGCCGCUGGACCAGAGAGUAGCGGACCGUGGCAGCGCGUGGAAGGGAAAGACAACUUUGUUGUGUUCAAGCGCCCGUCGUCUGCAGAGAUCAAAGAGAACAAACUACCGGGCCUCGAGGUCAUGUGUGCAGGGUGCCUCGAUGCAAGCCUCGAGGAAGUGGCGAGUGUUCUCCGAUCUAACUCCGAGAUGGAACAUUCCAACACCAUGGAGGGGCUUUACGCCAAGAACUUCAUUUUCGGCUCCCUCGAUCGCGAGGUGCCAUCGCUGGAGGAGCAUCAGAACCAAGACGACGACUCGAACGCUGACACGAGCGAGCAGCUCAGCGUCAAGACCAGCAGUUUCAAGCGCACGACAGCCUUCGGGCGCAACGAGCAGUGGUGCUUCACCGACCUCUUCCAGCGGAGUAUUGAACGAGACGGGUUCACCGUAACGCAGUGCGCCUUGCCACCUUACGAGCCUACUCAUGGCCGCGUUGUUGCGGUCAACGCUCGAGUGGAUCAGCUGUAUGGACUCAACGCCGCGUGCUUGGUCAAUCGGCUACCAGAGAGUAAGGGCCUGCGAGUCGUGUACAACGCGUGGUUCGAGGAGCUUCUCAUCGUCGAGGGCUCUGUCAACGGUAGCGACAGGAGUUUGUACCUUGGCAACAGCCGACGAAGCUCUGCAUUAAGCGUGACGUCGUCCUCGAGCUCGAACAACGUCGAGCUCUCCAUGGCGAGCAGCGAUAGUCGGAGCUCGGGAUUGAGCGAGGUGUCUUCCACCUCGAGCGCUGCAGCUCUUUAUGAGGCCGCAGACGGCAAGGCUCAGCUUCGACGACUGCUGUCGCUAGCUCACGGCAUGACAAAGCUUCCCGAUCUCAUCCGACGACGUCGGUUUGGGCUACAAGUGCCCGCCGACUUGGAAAAUGUGCAAGUAGCCAACACGCGCUGCCCAUGCUGCACUCACAGCUUGGCCCCCGUCAAUAUGUCGCUUUCAAUGGCCGCCUCAGCCAUCGCCAAGAGGAGCUUCCGAUCGAUGAAGAUGGACACUAGACGGUGCUAUCUGUGUGGAUAUCUCGUGUGCAUCGACUGCUGGAACGCCGAGUACAUGGAGAGCACCGUCGGACGUGUAGUCGCCAUCGUAGUUUGCACUCGAUGCCACGCCGCAGUGAAAGCUUGCGAUUAUUCAGAAGCGUUUGCUCCUGGGCAGGAAGACACACGCGGGCCCGUGAAGGUUGUCGCCGACGAACCGGAAAACGCCACAGCCUCGCUGUUGACAGACUUCUUGGCUGCGUCGUUGGCCAACGCUCCGGCCGGUGGCUCUGAUCGUGCUGCAAUUGUCUCGCUAGUCCGGACAUUACUCCAAAGUGAAUCCACGGGUAGCGAGAGCGACGAAGUGUACGACGACGACAGCGACUACGAGGAAGAACUCAGCGACGAAGACAUAAGCAAUAACGUCGCCGUGGUGGAGCUCGGCAAGUACUUGGGCGAUGCAGACCAAUACCCAGAGCUGGAGUCGUGCGUCUUCGCUAACUCAGAGCGACGAGGGUAUGCCAUCGAUCUUCCGGACGAUCCAGUGGCCAUGGUUCCGCCCACAUUGUACCCGAGCCAUGAAGAUGCACGCCUUCGACUGAUCACCAAGAAGGGGUUGCUGCUGCUCGGCACUCAACUGGCACCGCUAGACCCAGCUCCAGACGUGUCGUACGAUGACGUCUGCAACGUCCAGGACCUCGACUUGUUGUGCCAACUUGCUGUGCGCGCUUCGGGCUGCGCCAACGCGUUCGUGUCCAUCAUGGGCUCGGAACAUCUCCACAUCUUGUCGUCCUCGAACCCGGCCUUCUGCCACGCCACCAUGCCACGAGAGCACACUGUCUGCCAGCACACCAUCAUGACUCCCAAGCCUUUCAUCAUCUCGCAUCCAGAGGCGGACGUGCGUUUCCACGAGCUUGGAGCCAUUAAGGCGCUGUCGACGCGUUGCUACAUGGGCUUCCCGCUGAAUGUGGCGAUAACCGAUGAGAACGAGACCACCGAGGGUGAAAUGGCGAUUGGAACGCUGUGCUGCGUCGACCCAAGCGCUCGGUCUGAGCUCACACAUUCGCAGUACACCACCUUGACGAGGCUUGCGGACACGGCGUCCAGGUUAAUCCAGCUUAAGGGUCGCCAGCUUCUACAGCAGCACCGUGAUCUACAUGCAGUCGUAUCCUAG